AUGGAACAUUCAGAACCGCCAGAGACUCAGGUCGCUGUACUUUUAUGCAUGCACGCGCAGCAACAAAGCUCUUUGGCUGCCAUCCGAGCUGCCGUGUCAACGGCAAAAAGUGAGGCCGAUCGCUUGGAGGACCAAAUUCUGGCAAAUAACUUCGUGCUCGCAACAACAGCAGUGGACUGCCUCACAGUGCAUCGGCAGGUGCAGUCCUUCGUGAGGCACGAGCGAUGGACGGUGGCCACCCUGUUCGGUAUCGGCCGAUCGACAGUCAACGAACAGUACCGGGAAUUUUGCGAGACGAUCGUGGCUGUCCUCGAGCCCGAAUGGGUCAAACUGAUGACCUCAAAGGAGCUGCCGGAACACAUCCGUGAGUUCCAAGCUGCGUUGGAGUUUCCGCAAGGAGUUGGAGCGCUGGAUGGGUGCCACUUCCCGGUGUCACCACCACAAGAAAAUGCAAGCGACUACCACAACCACAAGGGCUGGCAUAGAAUCAUUCUGCUGGCUCUGGUGGACCACCGUUACAGUUUCCGCUAUGUCAACGUGGGAGCACCAGGACGAUGCCACGACGCGCACGUCUUCCGCAGGUCGGAGCCUGCAAAGGUCUUGGAAGGACCAUUGUUUCGAACUCCGCUUGUCACUGUGAAUGGAGCUGUUGUGCCACCACUGAUCUUGUGCGAUCAGGCCUUCCCUCUCACAUCAAACCUCCUCAAGCCCUAUCCGUGCAAGGGCUUGAAGGAAAGGUCUCCAGAAGCUAGCUUCAACAAGCAGCUCUCGGGAGCACGAAGGAUAGUAGAGAACGCCUUUGGCAGAGUGAAGGCACGCUUUCGCUGCAUAAUGAAAAGAAUGGAGUGCCACGCAGACAAUGCCAGGGUCAUCAUCCGAGCCUGCUGUGUGCUCAACAACAUCUGCGAGCACUUCAAUGAUGGGGUUGAGCCACAGUGGGUCACCGAGGUUCAGCUUUACGACCGCAUGUUCCUGCAACCUCUCUGUAGAACGGAUGUUGCCUCUGGAAAUGAACAGGACGUGAGGGCAGCCAUAGCAGCCUACCUCCAUAGGCGGAACACGCAGCAACACGCAACGUAA